UACCUGACUGCAAGCUGCUGGAAGAGAAAUACCCUGAAAGACGACAAAACAGCACGAUGAUGUCCUUAUACACCUUUGUCUUGUUAGCUUUGCUCAUAGAAAAAGGAACUGCUGCAUGUUAUGUACCAUCAGCUGGCUCAGGCCAGGUAUAUUGCAGUGAUCUUUUAUGCUUAGGAUCAUGCACAACAGAAAAUGGAUGCUUCUGCUCUCUUGAUGAAACCAAAACCUGCCUUCCUGCAGGCAGUACAUGCUUAGCAGCUGACAACACAUGCUGCCCUACUGGAUACUUUUGGAGCCCUACAGACGAGUGUUGCACAGACACAGUGAACUGUUUUCCGAGUUGCCAGAAUGACGAGAUUUGCCAAAAAGUUAACAAUGUGGCAACUUGUACUUGCAACACCACCAACUACAGUGGCAUGAGUACAUCAUCCCUAGUUCCCUCAGUAAAAUGUGAGUCAAGCAUAAUGACUGUAUCUGUCAGUAAAUGUCUUUUGGAAAAACUUGGGUUUGAUUCUAAUAACUUAAAGUUGAAUGAAGACUCGGAUGCUUGUACCAAUGUUUAUGCCGAGGUUAUCAAUGACAGCACCAUGAAGAGCAUUCAAGUUCUACCAAAGACUGGAUGGUGCGGGAAUGUGGUGACGACGGACUCCUCUAAAGUGUAUUAUACAAACACCCUUCAAGUCGGUAUUAAAAACAGUUCCAUCAUCACAGUGAACCCUUUAAAUGUAUCAUUUACAUGCUCCUACAAUCUUUCCAUGCAGACCAGCUUGGCUGCUGCUUUUCAUCCUGUGGUCAGCUCAGUGAACCUCACAAUAAAUGGAGAAGGCUCAAUACUUACCAGAAUGGCAGCUUAUUGGGAUCAGGCAUAUGCUAAUCCAAUUAAAGAUGGUGAAGAUGUGCCAGUUGGAUCCUUUUUUUUCCUGGGCUUGUUUUCAGAUGCUGUAGACGGGAACCAAUUUGCUCUUAGGGUAGAGAGUUGCUUUGCCACUCCUGAUGGUGUUGAAACCAAUGUCAACAAGGUGCAGCUUGUAAGUGGAGGAUGCCCAGCUAAUCAGGAGGUUUAUACAGAUGUCCAAAGUAAUGGAAAUGGUCUGGAAGCGAGAAUAAAAGUCAGCUCAUUUGCAUUUAAAGGUCAAUCCCUGGUGUAUAUAACCUGUGCCGUGCGAUUGUGUAACAAGAAUGGAACAUGCACUGGGUGUAAUUUGGCCCGUAGUGCUGAUAACAGAGAAAGUAAACUAUUAACUCUGCCGAUGAACUUCUAUGAUGAUUACACGAAUUCUGCACCUAACACAGCCUUAUCCUGGGCUGUGCUGCUUGGCUCUGUGAUGGCAUUUCUUUCCAAUAAAUUCAUCUGAAGAGACCAUUGGAUUUCACUUUACUGAGCUGAAUUUAAAUCAACCAAAUCUGAAGACUAUGUCAUAAUCAAGACUUCAUUUGGAGAAACUAAAUAUAAUUUAUUUUUUCUUCAUUGGACAUGAAUGUGUAUUUCUGCAUGGGCCAAAGACCAUAUUUGUAUCUAGUUUUCAGCACA